AUGAAAAAUGAUCAUCGUCGAUGGACAUGGGAAUCGCCUAAUGGCGCGACUCGUGCGGAUCUCGACCACAUAAUCACCAACCGGACGAAGGAGGAGAGAAGUUGUAUAAACGAUUGCAUACUCGAGGAGUCCUUGUCCCAAGGUGACUGGCACAUCGAUGAGGACUCAAACGUUAACUACGAGCUCCUGCGCAGAGGAGCGAUGUACUGUGCUGAAUUUGCUUCGAAGUAG